UCGGAUGUUUGCAUUGGAAUCUAGUCAAAUGGAGGGACGUUACAGUGAUUCACAUCAAAGACACGUCUCCUUAUACGCCCUCCGUUGACUAUUAAUUAUUCACAGAUUGCGCACUCUCUUCAUCAAUUUCAUCUCUCUCAUCUUUCUGCUUCCUCAUUUCUUUCUUUAUCUUUGUAUCUUUACUACCCAUUCUUCUUUCAGUCAGCUUCUAAGGUGAUAUUGGGUAUUGCAUUCUGUCAUGACCUGUUUACCUUUCAUAUUUGGUAGGAAGACAACUUCGGCACCAAAACGAGAUCCAGAUAUUGAUGAAGAACUUUCAGGCAUUCAAAAUGUGAGAUUAUAUUCCUACAAGGAACUAAAACUUGCCUCUGACAAUUUCAGUCCAAGCAAUAAAAUUGGGGAGGGUGGUUUUGGUUCUGUCUACAAGGGAUUGUUAAAAGAUGGAAAAGUUGCAGCUAUAAAAGUUCUGUCAGAUGAAUCAAGACAAGGGGUGAAGGAAUUCUUGACAGAGAUUAAUGUGUUCUCGGAAAUACAGCAUGAAAAUUUGGUUGAGUUAUAUGGUUGUUGUGUGGAAGGAAAUCAGAGAAUAUUAGUCUACAAUUACCUUGAGAACAACAGUCUUGCACAAACCCUUCUAGGUGGAGGUCACAGUAAUGUCUAUUUUAAUUGGCGAACUCGAACUCGGAUAUGCAUUGGGGUGGCUCGAGGUCUUGCCUUUCUUCAUGAGGAAGUAACACCACAUAUUGUUCAUAGGGAUAUAAAAGCAAGUAAUAUUCUCCUCGACAAGGACCUCUCACCCAAGAUUUCAGAUUUCGGUCUUGCAAAGCUUAUUCCUUCGUACAUGACUCAUGUCAGCACACGAGUAGCGGGAACAAUAGGUUAUUUGGCACCGGAAUAUGCAAUCAGGGGGCAGCUGACACGGAAAGCAGAUAUUUACAGUUUUGGUGUCCUCAUUGUGGAGAUAAUCAGUGGGAGAAGUAAUACAAACACACUGUUACCGAAAGGGAAUCAGUAUAUUCUUGAAACGACAUGGGAACUUUACGAGCGAAGGGAAUUGAUAGAGCUGGUGGAUAUAUCACUAAACGGGGAAUUUGACGCCGAGGAGGCUUGUAAGUUUCUCAAGAUUGGCCUUCUUUGCACUCAGAGUAAUCCGAAGAUUCGACCAUCCAUGUCCUGUGUUGUCAAGAUGCUCACGGGAGAAAUGGAUGUCGAUGAAAGUAACCUAACAAAACCAGGCUUGAUUUCAGAUUUUAUGGACCUUAAGAUUAGAGAACAAAAUAGUAAUGAUAUAAAGACUUCGUCUUCAAGUAAAGAUACCACUAUAUCACUACCUGCUUCAGGUGCGGAAAAUACAACGUUCACUGUGAAUUAUGAUCAAAGCUUUUAAGCAUGGGUCGUCUUUGAUUGGAAUUUGGAACUUUGAUUCAAUAUUCUUGUGUUUAUUUAUUUUCAUUACUUGAGCCACGUUCUCACGUGUAAAUUUUGUAACGGUUCCAGUGUUCUUGUGUUUCUUCUUCGGUACAAUUUUUGGUGACUAGGAUGUUUUGCCAAGUGUUAUAUUGUAAUUUGUAAGGUGAAAAUUCAGGUGUAGUCAACUUCACGUGAAAUUGAUAAUUGAGAAUCCAAUUUGUAAAUAUGUAUGUCCUAUGUUGUAAUUCGUUGAUCUAAUUGAAUAUUUUUUCAACUUUUA